GGCGCGCGGAGCGAAGGGCGGCGGCGGCGGCGGCGGCUCGUGCUCGGCCCGGGCUCCGGAUAGCGCUCGGCACCCCGCUCGCAGCCCGCGGCGGCGCGCCCCCCGCACCCGCGCCCCCCGCACCCGCGCUCGGCCUCGCGGAGGACGGCCAUGCCGCCGCGGCGCAGCAUCGUGGAGGUGAAGGUGCUGGACGUGCAGAAGCGGCGGGUGCCCAACAAGCAUUAUGUCUAUAUCAUCCGGGUCACGUGGUCCAGUGGCUCCACAGAGGCCAUUUACCGGCGCUACAGCAAGUUCUUUGACCUCCAGAUGCAGAUGUUGGACAAAUUUCCCAUGGAAGGAGGACAGAAGGAUCCCAAACAGCGGAUCAUUCCCUUUCUGCCAGGCAAAAUUCUCUUCCGAAGAAGCCACAUCCGGGAUGUUGCUGUCAAACGCCUGAUCCCAAUUGAUGAAUACUGUAAGGCCCUGAUCCAGCUUCCCCCCUAUAUCUCUCAGUGUGACGAGGUGCUGCAGUUCUUUGAGACAAGACCUGAGGACCUGAAUCCCCCCAAAGAGGAGCAUGUUGGGAAAAAGAAAUCUGGGGGUGACCUGACCUCAGUGGACCCCAUGGUCCUGGAGCAGUAUGUGGUGGUGGCAGACUACCAGAAGCAGGAGAGCUCGGAGAUCAGCCUCAGCGUGGGGCAGGUGGUGGACAUCAUCGAGAAGAACGAGUCAGGUUGGUGGUUUGUCAGCACGGCUGAAGAGCAAGGCUGGGUCCCCGCAACCUGCCUGGAAGGGCAGGAUGGUAUGCAGGAUGAGUUUUCACUACAGCCUGAAGAAGUCUCAUGGAGGUACUGGUCUUUGCCCCGGCCUGUGGGCCGCCGCCGGACUCUGGGGGACUUGUAUGCCAUCAGCUGGCGUCAAGAGGAGAAGUACACAGUCAUCUACCCGUACACAGCUCGCGACCAGGAUGAGAUGAAUCUAGAGCGAGGGGCUGUGGUGGAGGUGAUCCAGAAGAACCUGGAAGGCUGGUGGAAGAUCAGGUACCAGGGCAAAGAGGGCUGGGCCCCAGCCUCCUACCUAAAGAAGAGCAGUGGGGAGCCCUCACCCCCGAAGCUGGGCCCCGGCUCGUCCACCCACACCGGCGUUCUCGACCUGGACGGAGUUUCCCGGCAGCAGAGUACGGUGGGCAGGGAGAGAGAGCUGCUCAACAACCAGAGGGACGGCCGGUUUGAAGGCCGCCCGGGGCCCGACAGCGACGUCAAGCAGAGAUCGCCCAAGAUGAGGCAGAGACCCCCUCCUCGCCGAGAUAUGACCAUACCUCGAGGUCUUAACCUGCCCAAGCCUCCCGUUCCACCCCAAGUGGAGGAAGAGUAUUACACUAUUGCUGAGUUCCAGACAACCAUCCCUGAUGGCAUCAGCUUCCAGGCGGGUCUGAAGGUCGAGGUGAUCGAGAAGAACUUGAGUGGCUGGUGGUACAUUCAGAUCGAAGAUAAGGAAGGGUGGGCCCCAGCCACCUUCAUUGACAAGUAUAAGAAGACAAGCAAUGCCUCAAGACCCAACUUCCUGGCUCCCUUGCCCAACGAGGUGACCCAGCUCCGUCUGGGGGAUGCAGCAGCAGCGGAGAACAACACGGGCAGUGAAGCCGUCGGCCCCUCCCGGCCCCUGCCCGACGCGCCACAUGGUACCGCGGACUCCGGGAUGCCGUGGUCCAAAGACUGGAAGGGCGGCAAGGAGGUCCUGAGGAAGGCAUCUUCCGACAUGUCCUCGUGCGCAGGCUACGAAGAGAUCUCAAGCCCCGACCUGGAGGAGAAGCCCAGCCUCCCUCCCCGGAAAGAAUCCAUCGUCAAGUCGGAAGGGGAGCUGCAGGAGAGGGGGCGGCAGAGGAUGGAACAGCUCCGGGGCUCCUCACCCAAGCCUCCGGGCAUGAUUUUGCCCAUGAUUCCCGCCAAGCACACCGCCCCGUCCCGAGACAGCAGGAGACCAGAGCCCAAACCUGACAAAAGCAAGUUGUUCCAGCUGAAAAACGAGAUGGGGCUGGAGUGUGGCCACAAGGUCUUGGCCAAGGAAGUGAAGAAGCCCAACCUCCGACCCAUCUCCAGACCCAAAGCUGAGCCACCAGAGGAGAAGCCAGAAGUUGUUCCCCAGAAUCCCUUCUUGAAGUCCAAACCUCAGGUUAGGCCCAAACCAACUCCUUCCCCCAGGACAGAGCCACCUCAGGGCGAAGACCAAGUAGACAUCUGCAACCUCAGGAGCAAGCUGAGGCCUGCCAAGUCCCAAGAGAAACCCCUACUAGACGGAGAGAGCGGCCACCAGGCUGCUGGGGGCCAAGACGCAGCCUUCAGCCGGGGCUUCCUCCCAGGCGACGGGCCUGGCCGCACCCAGGACAGGACGGCCAAACAGGAUGGGCUCAGCCCAAAGGAGAUGUCCUGCAGAGCCCCUCCGAGGCCAGCCAAGACCGCAGAUCCUGUGCCUAAGAGUGUGCCCGCCCCACUGCAGGAGGCUUCCCCGCAGAGACCUGUGGUCCUGCCCCGCAGACCACCGCCCCCCAAGAAAACCACCUCAUCCUCCAGGCCCCUCCCAGAGGUCAGAGGACCACAACGGGAAGCCAACGAAGGCAAGACAGCUCCUGCCCCAGGCCGGGCCCUGCUGGUCCCUCCUAAAGCCAAACCUUUCCUUUCCAAUUCCUCAGGUGGCCAAGACGACAUGAGAGGCAAAGGUGGUCCGGGACCACGGAUGGCGGGCAAGAUCGGAGAAAACAGGGAGAAAGCCGCAACCCCCUUCCCCAAUGCAGAUGGCCCGAAGGACUCUUUAUAUGUGGCUGUGGCCAACUUUGAAGGAGACGAAGAUACCAGCAGCUUCCAGGAGGGGACGGUGUUCGAGGUCCGGGAAAAGAACAGCAGUGGCUGGUGGUUCUGCCAGGUCCUGAGCGGGGCCCCUUCCUGGGAAGGGUGGAUUCCUUCCAACUAUCUCAGAAAGAAGCCGUAGCCACCUCCUUCCCUGUGUGGCGGUCCCGUGCAUCCCUGCUGGCUUUACCCACAUAUUUAAUAUGCCUCUUAAUUUAUCAACCUUCAUGCAGCUUCAAAGGAAGGAAGGCUCUGGAGUACUGUGGUUUCUUCCCUCCCAUCACAGCAUUCCCUGGAGGCUCAGAGAGUCAGAGGCCACACCCCCUGCUUCCUCUCCAAGCCAGCAUCCCUGCCUUAAGGCCGGUGGCAUUGCCACCCUGUGUAGGCCACCUAGCAGCGGGACCGUGACUCUCCGACGCCUCCAAGACCAGAACCCAUGAUCUGGAAACUGCAGAAAGGGUCUCUCAUUGCUGGCACCCCACCCAGUCCGUGAUGGCUGGCCCCCAACUUCUCCGUGUUUCUAAAAUCCCAGUGACUUUAUUUACUCAGUUUCCAAAAUGCCUGGUACCAGAAAGAACUCCAUCCCCUGGAAGUUGGCUCCAUUGCCAAUCCCAAGGAGAUGUCCUCCUCGAGGCUCGGGGCCCGGGAGCCUCUCAGGUUUGACCAGAUGCAGCUGUCCCAGGAGUGGACCUGAAGGUCUGCUGAGCCAUUCUGCCUCCCAUCUUCUGUCUUGGGACCCUGACUGAUCCUGAGGGCAUGGUCCCAGCCCCAGCACGCUUCACUUUCCCACAGCAGGGCUUUUUAAAUAGGAAUCCCCGCCCCACCAUGGGGCAUUUCACUUUGUCUCCAUAGAGCCAGAAUCUCAAAGUCGGUUUGAAAGGAGCUAAUCCCAAUCCAUGCCCCUUGUGAGUAGCUAGUAGGUGCCAGACUCUGUACUUGGCACUUUACAUUCAUGUUUCAAUCCUCACAUCAACCCUCUCUUGUAGUAUACCUGUUUUACGGACGAAGAACCUCAGACUCAGUGUGCCCAGGGGCACACGAGCUGGGCAGAAGAAGAACGAGAACUUGAAUCGAGCUAGUGUGACUUCGAUGCCGGUGUCCUUCCCCCAGUAAGAGGCUAACCAGGCAGGGGAAAGGAAGAAGCUGACAGUGUCAGGAGCAGGUGGCCAAGGGCUUCCUCGUGGUGUGGGCACCAGUAGCUGCUCCCACACCCACCACGCCUCCAACCCAUCACAGCUUGCACCGAAGGCUGCCCUACACCGUGGACAGCUACUUCUCGGCAACGUGGGGAUGCCCAGGGCUCUGGCGGCUGCCACAGGGCCCUGUUUCCUCCUCCUGUGCUGCUGCCCGCUCUGGGGGAUAAAGCUCGUGGAGCCAAGGGAGCUCAGAUGGUCUCACGUGCCAGCCUUGAGGGGCCCUGGUGGCUCAGGGGCCAGCGGCUGCAUCUCCACAGGCAGACGCCUCCCGGCCCUCUCUGCUGCUGCUUCCUGCUCCUCUCUGGCAUUCACAGAGCAAUUUUUCUCUCUUUCUUUCUUUCUUUCUUUCUUUCUUUC